AAUGAUGCACAGACUCAAAGUCUAACAGAGAUACUGCACACAUCAAAGCUGAUAGACAGACGGUCACCUGAACUACAUGCCAGUGUGGAAAGAAGUCAUGGACAGACCAGAGGAGUGCAACAGGGCCGUGUUGGUGUCUGUAGCAAACUUUGACUAUGGGGUUCCCUUAGGAAGGAGGCCAGGGGCCAACUGUGAUGCUAAGAAGCUUCACCGCAUCCUCACUAAACUGGGCUACAAGGUGGAUCUUCACAUGGACCUGAGCAGCAAGGAAAUCUACAACCUGUUCUCUAAAGAAAGCAGGCGGCCUGUGAAGGACUGCUUCCUUGCUGUCCUGUCGUCUCACGGGGAGGAGGGCUGUGUGUUCGGAUCAGAUGGGAAACCUGUCCGACUGUCUCGUGUCUUCAUGUACUUUGAUAAUGAAUGCAUGGAGAAAAAGACCAAACUGUUCCUCAUACAGGCGUGCCGGGGAGGCGCUCUCGAUGAUGGCGUGGAGGUCGACUCAUCAGACAGCAGAUUCCAACACUACUUUUCUGUUCCCGUGGAUACGGCUGUGAUGUUCGCCACAGCACCAGGUUAUGGUGCGUUCAUGAACUUCACUGGAUCAGUCUUCCUGCAGACGUUCUGCUCAUUACUGGAAGAAGAGGGUCACUCUAACCUGGAGCUGACUCGACUGAUGACCCGACUCUCCCACAGGGUGGCCUACACCUUCGAGUCCAAAGGGAGGAAGUAUGGCGGGAAGAAAGAGAUGCCAUGCUUUCUGACACGACUGACCAGAGAUGUGUUCCCGUUUGCAGAAACGGAGAAAGACAGGAAUGCGGAAAUGAUGUCUGCCACAUCACUGGUUGUUUCACAGAAUGUUAGACAACGGAUUGUUUCAGUAAGUUAGGGAGCAGUUUCCCUGCUGACUGAGCACAUAUGAAGCACAU